UGUGUGUGUGUGUGUGUGUGUGUUACCUUGUUCCUCAGGUGACCUCCCAGAGGGUUCAUCCCUGGACAUCUCUAGUGGCAUCCAGAGACUCUGUAGCAGAAGGCUGAACACAGACAGGCACAGACAGAGCACCAGACAACCACUAGAGGGCACAACACACAGAGAAACCUCUUCAGAUGCCACAGCAAACAGUACAUCAGUAGUUCCUUCCUGAAAACUUUUUGUUAGAUGAACUCAGACCAACCAGAACAGUGGCUGUAAACAGUCCAUAUUUAACCAACCCACCUGAGUCCCUCUGCACGCUCACAGAAGCGGACCGUAACCGGGUUUGGAUGCACUGCGCAUGCCUGUGAGAACCACACUGCUUCGGGUCCAUAGACUUCAAGACAUCUCACAUCCAGUAACCAUCAUGGGCAGUUAAGAAAAAUAGGCUAGUUAUCUGCUGUGUGGAGGACAGAAGGUUAGCAAUACCCCAGGGCAUUCCUCCUCCCUUCCCACUUAGGCAGUCCAGCGAGUUUCCAGCACCAUGGCUGAAGAAGACUAUGGCAGCUUUGUGGACUGGAACCAGAUGGGGGAGCUGGCCAAGAGCAGCGGGCCCACCAAGGUAGACUGUAAAGACCUGAAAGAGUUCAAACAGAUGGCUCGUCAAGGUUACUGGGCCAAAAACCACAAACUACGGGCACAAAUCUACCAGCAGCUCAUCAAAGCCAUUCCCUGCCGUACAGUUACCCCAGAUGCAGAAGUAUAUCGUGACAUUAUGGGAAAUGCAGCCACUAAGAAGCCCUCCUCCAACAUCCCUCUUCCAGAUUUUGUGGAUGGAAGUCCUGUGCCACGGUACUGCCUGAAGGCAGAGGCAGUAGGCUCGGUCCAUCAGAUUAUCAACUGCCUGGCCGGACAGUUUCCAGAUAUCUCCCACUGCCCAUCACUACCGGCUAUUACUUCACUGCUGCUGCACUUCAGCAUAGACGAAGCUCAGUGUUUUGAGCACGUCAGCCGCAUGCUGGCCUGCAAUGAGCCGGGCAAACGAAUGCUGGACCAGACUUUCCUGGCCUAUGAGUCCAGCUGCAUGACUUUUGGUGACCUGGCCAACAAGUACUGUGCACCUGCCCACAAACUGAUCGUGGCCACAGCCCAGGAUGUGCUUGAAGUCUACUCGGACUGGCAGAGCUGGGUGUUUGGUGACCUGCCUUUCAGCCACGUGGUCAGGAUCCUGGAUGUCUACCUAGUGGAGGGCUACAAGAUUCUCUUCCGUGUGGCUAUAGCCUUGCUCAAGUUUUACCGCAAGCAUAAAGCAGGGGUCCAGGGAGGCCAGGGCAACCAGCAACAACAGGAUUCAGGCAAAGUUAAGGCUGACAUUCAAGCUUUCGUCAAGGGCAUCGCCUCCACCGUCUCACCUGACAAGUUGCUAGAGAAGGCCUUCUCCAUCCGUCUGCUCAGCCGUAAGGAGAUCACCCUGCUGCAGCUCACAAAUGAAAAGUCCCUGCAGCAGAAAGGAAUCACUGUCAGACAGAAGCGUUUUAGGGGGAAUGUGCAGCUGGCACUUAACCCUGACACCUUCUCCUCGGAGAUUGUCAGUGCCAAGGAGAUGCGGGUCAUCUGGUCGUGGAUCCCUGAGCGCUUUGCCCUGUGCCAACCACAACUCCUCUUCACCACCUCCACCCAUGGUUGCAGCCUAAAUAGAUUCUACUCUCAUUGUGAAGGCUACGAACCCACUCUGCUCCUCAUCCGGACCACAGAUGGUGAUAUAUGUGGAGCCUUCCUGUCCACAGAUUGGGAGGAGCGGAAGAGAGGAGGCAAUAAAUUGAGCUUCUUUGGAACUGGGGAGUGCUUUGUCUUCAGGCUGAAGCCAGAGAUGGAGCGAUAUGAGUGGGUGGUGAUCCGCCACCCCGAGUUAGCCUCCUCCAUCAAGACUGAUGGCCAGGAAGACAUAGCCUCGUCUGGGGGCCAAAGUGCAGACAAUGGCUUACAGCAGCCAGAAAAACCUGCUGGAGACCUGUCGCCCUUCCUAUCCGCCCGCCACUUCAACCUUAACUCCAAGAAUACUUCCAUGUUCAUGGCUGGCAACUUCGACUCUAUCAUAGUUGGGGGAGGUGAAGGCAACGCUCUCUACAUUGACUCUGAGCUCAACCAUGGGCGCACUGGCAGGUGCACCACCUUUGACAACCCGCCCCUGUGUGCUGACAGCUUCCAGGUUUCACUGCUAGAAGUGUGGGGCUUCCAGGAUGCCAUGGCCUCGUAAUGCUGUUCACGUACAUGCAUGUAGAUCCAUACAUGCGUGUGUGUGUGUGUGUGUGU